AUCGUUAUGUUACUUUUAGCUGACACCUAAAAAAGAGAACCACGUUCGUUUCUUCGUUAUUCAACCAUGGCGGAUACAGUGGCCGAUUCACGCAUCGACAACAGCAACACUGCGGCGGUACAAGCCACCAACGACGACGCUUCCGCCAGUAAAUUGUCAUGUGUGAAAAAGGGAUACAUGAAAGAUGAUUACAUUCAUUUAUUUGUGAGAAGGCCUGUAAGAAGAUCUCCGAUUAUUAAUCGUGGUUACUUUGCUCGUUGGGCUGCCCUCCGGAAAUUUCUAUACCAGUUUCUUGAUGUUGAGAAAAAGACCAAUGCAAAUUGCCCAAUAAAGACGCAGAUACUAUCACUUGGAGCAGGCUUUGAUACAACAUAUUUUCAGUUGCAGGAUGAGGGGAAAGCACCACAUUUAUAUGUGGAAGUGGACUUUAAAGAGGUAACAAGUAAAAAGGCAGCACUUAUCGAGACUUGCAGUCAAUUGAAGAAUAAACUUGGUGAAACAGCUUCCAUUUCAAGGGAGAAAGGAGAAGUUAUCAGUGCUCAUUAUAAACUAGUCCCUGCAGACUUACGUGAUAUAAAACAAUUAAAUGAUAUUAUAACCAUUACUGAGAUGGAUCCAAGGUUUAAUAUAUUGAUUCAUUCUGAUGUUGUUAUCAGCCUGCCAACUUUUAUAAUUGCAGAAUGUGUUCUGAUUUACUUGGAUCCAGAUUCAAGUCACGAAGUUGUUGGUUGGGCCUGCCGAACAUUUUCAACAGCACUGUUUUUUCUUUACGAGCAGAUCCAUCCAGAUGAUGCUUUUGGGCAGCAGAUGAUCAGAAAUUUAGAGUGUCGAGGAUGUCCUCUGUUGGGUAUCUAUGCUACACCAACUUUACUUGCAAAGGAAAGAUUAUUUUUGGACCAAGGGUGGCAGAAGUCUGUUGCAUGGGACAUGCAGAGAGUUUAUAAUGAUUUUGUUGAUGCCCAAGAAAGACGCAGGAUUGAACGUCUGGAAUUAUUUGAUGAAUUUGAAGAGUGGUACAUGAUGCAGGAGCACUAUUGUGUGGCUUAUGCAAUCAAUGAUGCAAUGGGUCUUUUUGGGGAUUUUGGUUUUCUUAAUAACAACAAUAGUGUACUUCCUUCCUCAUGAAGAACGAGGAUACACACACUCCCAUAGCAUAUAUAGUUCUACUAUAUUUUUCUUCCUAAUUGCAUGUGCCAGUUCACUCUGCUGGGGAUGUUGUUGUCUGUUGAAAAGGUUUCUCAGAAACUUGUUACAUAUUGUAUCAGAAUUUAGCCAAAUAGAUGAUUGGUUUUGUGUGUGUAUGGACUAUGAACUACCUCGUGUAUUGUUUGUUUCCCACAAUGCAAAGAUACUUGCCUUUUUCUGCUAGCUGUUUGGCAAAGAAAACGUGGUGGACCCCACACAACACCGACCGAUUGAUAAAUCAUCAUCCUAUAUGGCCUGUGUAGGGUUAUGUCCAUGUGGAAGAUAUAUGAAAAAUAGUACUAGUAUUGUUUAUUGCUUUUCAAUACAUACAUACACAUUCUUUAUAUUUUGGCAUUUUUACCAUGCACUUUUUGUUUC